AUAAAGGACAAGACACGACUCGAAAAAAGAGCCCUCCAUAACCACCACCGCCACACCUCCAGCAAUGCAGCUGGAGAUUCCCGAACCUCCGCCGCCGGAACCGUAAACCCGACCCGAUUCCAAACCCGAAGUAACGGCCGCAUAUCCGCAAUGCCUCCGGCGCAGAAUCUGAAGCACCAGGUGUUCACUUGCCUGACGAAGCUCUCCGACCGUGACACGCACUCGCUGGCGGCGACGGAGCUAGUCUCCAUAGCCCGGACUCUGGACCCGACCACCGUGCCGACUUUCCUCUCAUGCAUCCACUCCACCGACGCCUCCGACAAGUCGCCGGUGAGGAAGCAAUGCGUGCACCUAAUCGCCGUCCUCUCCGAAACCCACGGCGACGCGCUGGCGCCGCACCUGUCCAAAAUGCUUAAUAACAUAACCAAGCGCCUCCGCGACCCCGACUCCGCCGUCCGAUCCGCCUGCCAAAACGCCGUCGCUUCGCUCUCCUGCCACGUCACCAAGCCGCCGUUCAGCUCGUUCUCGAAGCCGCUGGCCGAGGCUCUGUUCACGGAGCAGGACGUGCACUCGCAGAUCGGCGCCGCGCUCUGCCUGGCCUCGGCGAUCGACGCCGCCGCCGACCCCGAGCCGGCCAGGCUGGCGAAGCUGUUGCCGAAGUUCGAGAGGUUACUGAAGAGCGACAGCUUUAAGGCCAAGCCGGCGCUGUUGACGCUGAUCGGGAGUGUGAUCGAGUCCGGCGGCGCGUCCGGUCAAGGAGCUCUGAAGAACUUGGUUCCUUGCUUGGUGAACUUCCUCAGCUCCGAUGACUGGGCGGCGAGGAAGGCGGCGGCCGAAGGCUUGGCGAAGCUGGCGGUUGCAGAGAGAGACUCGUUGUCCGAAUUCAAAGCUGGCGCUUUGAGAACUUUCGAGAGUCGGAAAUUUGAUAAGGUGAAGGGUGUUAGGGAGGUUAUGAAUCAGAUGGUGGAAGCUUGGAAGCAGAUUCCUGAUCUUUCCGACGAGGCUUCUCCGCCGCCGGUGGACUCAAAUGCUUCUUCCAGAGGUCCGGAGAAUGCAAGUGAUGGAAGGCAUCCGGCUGGGCCCAGAAUUUGUGGUGCUUCUGGUGUUGAAGCUUCUCAGUUGAAGAAGAAACACAUCUCGGCUAACAGAUCGACUCCACCGGAUAGUUCUUAUGCUACCACUGCUAGGAAGAGAAGCCCUUUCAAAAGUAAUGAGAAGAAGACUUCAUCAAUGUUUCGAAAGCCAGGCCAUAAGAAGGGUUUAGAUAUGGAAGUUGAGAUUGCUGCUACUAAUGCUCCAGGGGCUUUCCGUGAUGGUUAUAUGGAGGGAGAUGAAAAUGUCCCAGAAAGGAUCAAUGAAAAGAGUAGAUUUUCAAAGCCAGAAACAAAACGGGCCUUAUUCCAAAAGACUUCUGAUAACAAAGUGCACAAAUUUGGUGGUUCGAGGGCAGGAUCUCGUGUUGCUCCAUAUCAUGAGGAGAGCUCAGAAUCUACAGUUGUUGUGAGUAGUGCUACACCGGAUAUCCAUAAGAACCACGGAGAGUGUGAGGAUUUGUCCCUGAUCCGCAGUCAACUUAUCCAGAUUGAAAAGCAGCAGUCCAAUUUGUUUGAUCUCCUGCAGAAAUUCAUUGGCAGCUCACAAAAUGGAAUGCAUUCUUUGGAAACACGCGUACAUGGGCUAGAGCUAGCUCUGGAUGAGAUCUCCUAUGAUUUGGCUUUGUCAAGUGGAAGGAUGACUAAUCUCGAGUCGCGUAGCAAAACUUGUUGCAUGCUACCUGGUGGUGACUUUUGGAGCUCCAAGUUCUGGAAGAAAACAGAAGGCAGGUACUCAAUCUCAAGGUUUUCUAAUUCCAGGGCUGCAUCUGCAGCAGCCUUGCGUUACAGAGCUGACAAGAAUGGCAGUGCUGAAACAUCUAUGCUGGAGAACCGAAGGUUUCGGUUCCAGGACAGGAGUGGGUUCAUUGUAAACCCUUUGGCAGAGAUUCGGACCGACUCAAGAGGUAUAUCAGAGGUGGCACGUCGCUAGCCCGUUUAAUCAGCAGAUCUGUAGCAUAAUAUCCGCCAGAAAGUUUUGAGUUUGUUCGCAGUCUUGUGCUGUUGAGCAACCAACAUGAAACAAGGCCAUAUGAAGGCAAUCUGUUUGUGGUAUGUGCUUAGAGCAAACGUCCAUUACAAGUAUUACUACAGAAGUAUUCUACUUCAUACGACUUGCAGAAUAUACCAAAGAUGUGAAACUUUAUCAAGUGCAGCUUCCAUAUUUCAAUUUGUUCUUGGUAGUAAGAUUCAAAGAAAUCAGAUUUAUCACCGAAAUACAAAUGCGACGAUCUUGGCAUAGAGGGUGUAACGUGUAUAGAGGUAGUAGGGCUUUCAUUCUCAUUAGUUGGGGAUUGUUUUGUAUCUGGAUUCUUCAUUAUUGUUAUCUUUGGCUCUGAAAAAACUAUUAGGAUCUGAUGAAGUGAUGAUGGUGAUGGAUGGUGACGAAUUCUAUAGUUGUCAAAUAGUCGUCGCUUUGGCAUGAAGCAAUUAGUCAAUUAUUUGUAAUUAAAGCUGUGGUCUUAAUAGUCUGCUUUGCCGACAAGGUGAUUCAUAUGAUUUGCCGACAA